CUGCAAUCACAUAACCUGCACCGAUUCCUCCUGUAUCUCCGAGCAUGAGGAACUCCAGAAUUCCAUUCCAAUGGCUGCGUGCUUCACUAGCCCUCCUCGUCGUCUUCCAAUCACAUGUCAUGGCAACGGAAGCAAGUGGUGUUGGAGCUGAUUGGGAGUACAGCUACGAUCCAUGUAGCGAGCUCGGACCUCAACACUGGGGAGACCUUCAUGAAGAAUGGGAGACGUGCAAAACUGGAGAACAACAAUCACCCAUUUCGAUUAAACCAAGCAAUAUCAUCGUCAGCCCAUCACUGUGGAUCUUGAGAACGGGUUACGACACCAGACCUGCUUUCUUGCAGAACAAGGGGCAUGAGAUCCUGGUGAAUUGGACGGAGUCGCCAGGAGAUCUUAUGAUCGGCGAGAAGACAUACCAUCUCCGGCAGUGCCACUGGCACUCACCGUCGGAGCAUGAACUCUAUGGCAAAAGGUAUCCCUUGGAGUUGCACAUGGUGCACACUACUCCGGAGGGAGAAAUAGCAGUCAUUGGCAUGUUGUACGAGUUUGGUCAAUUUGCCGAUCCCCUCUUGCACCAGUUGUCGGAGGGCCUAAGAGCUCUCCAGACACAGGACAAUGUGUAUGUGGGGACUAUCCGCCCACCUCUUAUAGGUGAGAGAGAACCAUACUUCAGGUACGGUGGCUCUUUGACAACCCCACCUUGCGGUGAGCCUGUGACAUGGACGGUGAUGAAAGAGGUGAAGAGCGUAACGGAGAGUCAACUGGCGUCGCUGAGGAUUCCCGUGCAUGAUAAGGACAACGCUAGACCAGUUCAGCCCAUCAAUGGACGCAACGUGUACAUGUACAAGCCGCCGCACGAAGACCAUGUCAGCUCUUAAAGCGAAACUGCGGACGAGCAACGCCUACGACGCACACUUCCAUGCCAUGCCUCGAAAGGAUGACGAAAUGGGGUUGCAAAUUUUACUACGUAUCUACCGGCC